AUGAAAAUUCAACUUACUCUCUUAGUAGCUUUGCUCAGUCUUUCGAGCUGCUUUUGCUGGGUUAAAAUUGCUCCAAACACAACAUUUUAAUACCAACUCUAAGGUAAUAUUAAUACCACAGUGAAUGCUACUGUCUACUUCAUAGAUUUGUUUGAUAAUAUCUAAAAUGGUAUGAUUAAAUAGCUCAAAAAACAAGGUAAGGUUGUUUUCUGCUAUUUCUCAGCUGGCUCAUGGGAAGACUGGCGUCCAGACGCUUCACAAUUUCCUCCUAGCGUUAUUGCUUCUAAUUACAGUGGCUGGGCCGGUGAGAAUUGGCUGAACAUCAGAAAUUUUAACAGCACUGGACUUGGAGAUAUUAUGAAAAACCGUAUCAAUUUAGCUGCUUAAAGUGGGUGUGAUGGAGUAGAUCCUGAUAAUGUUAAUGUCUUUGAAAAUAAUGAUGAUGCUAAAUUAAACAUAACAGCUCAAGAGUAGUUUGAAUACAAUACUUUCUUAGCUAAUUAUGCCCACUCUUAAAAUCUUGCUAUUUCUCUUAAGAAUUGCAUCACUUUAUCAGAUUAGCUUCACAGCUUUUUUGAUGUUGCUGUAAAUGAAUCUUGUAAUCAAUAUGACGAAUGUGGCUAUCUUGAUUAAUUUAUUUAAGAAAAAAAGGCUGCAUUUGGAAUUACAUACUAUGACUAAACUCCUGCUAAAUAAAGAAAUUGGCCUAAAUUAUGUGCUGCAUAAAAAUCAAAAUAAUAUUCUUGGAUAAUAAAAAAACUUUCUUUAGAAGCUUGGGUUAUAAUUUGUUGA